AUGACGGGUAGGUUUCAGGGAUCAAACACUGCGAAAUAUGUGAAAAAUUCAGGCACCCAGCGGUCCCGUAAUUCGCAGCAAACGAUGGUCAACUCGACCGCACAACAGCUUAUUGAGACGAUUAAAAAAGAUGAAAUCGAUACUAUGAUGGGUUUUGAGCGGUAUACUGCACCACAAUUCAGUGGGAAAGCGAGUAGUUGGCAGUCAACUCCAGGGAGAGUAGGCUGGCUCGUCAACAUGCAUCCAACGAUGGUUUCCGAAGACUUUGCUAACUUAGGCACUGGUAACCCCACAUCGUCUUCCGGUUCAGGAAUUUCAGGGGUCGAUUUCUAUUUUCUCGAUGAAGAGGGUGGUGGGUUCAAAAGUACUCUCACUUUUGAUCCCUACUUCCUAGUAGCAUGUCGCGACGAAUCAAGAGUCCACGAUGUCGAAGAGUUCCUCAAAAAGCACCUGGAACACUGUCUUAAAAAAGUCGAACCGGUGGUGAAAAAUGAUCUUUCGUUGGGAAGUCCACUAGCAGGCCUCAACAAGGUGCUUCUUAAACUAACUUUUUCGAACACCAAUAAUCUGUUUGAAGCACGUCGAACUUUGAGACCAAUUAUCUUGGACAACGAAACCAACCAUCUCCAAAGAUCCAUGUACAACACUACAUCUGGAAUUGUUGAAGACACAAAAAUGCUGAUAUCGGAUAUUCGUGAAUAUGAUGUCCCGUUCCAUGUUCGUGUCGCAAUCGACAAUGACGUUCGAGUCGGCAAGUGGUAUAAGGUGACUUCACAGGGUUUUAUCGAAAUAGCUGAAAAGGUAGCGUUUGCUGAUCCAGUAGUUUUAGCUUUCGACAUUGAAACCACGAAGGCUCCUUUGAAGUUCCCUAUCGCCACUGUCGAUCAGAUUAUGAUGAUUUCAUACAUGAUUGACGGAGAAGGGUAUCUGAUCACCAAUAGAGAAAUCAUUUCCGAAGAUAUAGAGGAUUUUGAGUAUUCUCCAAAACCGGAGUAUCCAGGGUUUUUCACGAUAUUCAAUGAAGCAGACGAGUUAGCACUUCUUGAAAGAUUCUUCGAGCACAUAAGAGAUGUGCGUCCUACAGUCAUCUCUACGUUUAAUGGUGACUUUUUCGAUUGGCCAUUUGUAGAGACCAGAGCUAAGAUCAACGGACUUGAUAUGUUCCAAGAAAUUGGGUUUGCGGUUGACUCUGAAGGUGAAUACAAGUCGACGUAUUGCGCUCAUAUGGACUGCUUCCGGUGGGUCAAGCGUGAUUCGUACCUUCCACAAGGCUCACAGGGCUUGAAAGCUGUGACACAAGCCAAACUGGGAUAUAAUCCCAUCGAGCUUGAUCCGGAGUUAAUGACACCUUAUGCGUACGAAAAGCCGCAGCUUUUAUCGGAAUAUUCAGUUUCCGAUGCGGUUGCGACCUAUUAUUUAUACAUGAAAUAUGUGCAUCCUUUCGUCUUUUCGCUGUGCACUAUCAUUCCACUGAAUCCCGACGAAGUCCUUCGCAAAGGUACUGGUACCUUAUGCGAAAUGUUAUUAACAGUGCAGGCAUAUAAGGGAAACGUUUUACUACCGAAUAAACACACAGAUCCAAUCGAAAGAUUCUACGAUGGGCAUUUGCUGGAAUCUGAGACCUACGUCGGAGGACACGUUGAAUCUCUAGAAGCAGGGGUAUUCAGAAGUGACAUCAAGAAUGACUUUAAAAUCGAUCCAACAAUGAUAGACGACCUGUUAAAUGAUCUCCCUAAUGCCUUGAGAUUUUGCAUAGAAGUGGAAAACAAUUGUAAACUCGAGGAUGUUUCAAACUACGCAGAAGUAGAACUACACAUCAAAGAGCAGCUCAUGGAUCUGAAGUUGAAUACCAAUAGAAAUGAGCUCCCUCUAAUUUAUCACGUCGAUGUUGCUUCGAUGUAUCCAAAUAUUAUGAUCACCAACCGUCUACAACCGGAUAGUGUAAAAAGCGACCGCGACUGUGCGGGAUGCGACUUUAAUCGCCCCGGUAAAAUAUGCGAUCGGAGACUUCAGUGGUCAUGGAGAGGGGAGUUCUUUCCUUCAAGAAUGGAUGAAUACAGUAUGGUUAAGAGAGCUCUGCAAAAUGAGGUCUUUCCUAACAAGAACAAAAAUUCCUUUAAAAAGCUUCUCUCUUUUGAAGAACUAUCGUACAGUGACCAGGUAGCUCAGAUAAAGAAAAGAUUGACAGAGUAUUCCAAAAAAGUGUAUCAUAGAGUCAAAACGUCGGAAGUUGUGGAAAGAACUGCUAUAAUUUGUCAAAGAGAAAAUCCUUUUUAUGUGGACACUGUCAGAUCUUUUAGAGAUAGAAGAUACGAGUUCAAGGGUCUAGCAAAGACUUGGAAGCAAAAGCACUCGGCCAUUGAUCGGGAUCAGAAACAUGAAAGGGAUGAAGCAAAGAAAAUGAUAAUUCUAUAUGACUCACUGCAACUUGCACAUAAGGUCAUCUUGAAUUCAUUCUACGGAUACGUGAUGAGAAAAGGUUCAAGGUGGUAUUCGAUGGAAAUGGCCGGGAUUACUUGUCUGACUGGUGCAACAAUUAUUCAGAUGGCCAGAUCUGUGGUUGAAAAGAUUGGAAGGCCGCUGGAGCUGGAUACAGACGGUAUCUGGUGUAUUCUCCCCAAGUCUUUCCCAGAUAACUAUCAAUUCAAAUUGAAAAAUGGCAAGAAACUGUUCCUAUCAUACGCAUGCUCUAUGCUUAAUUAUAAGGUUCAUCAGAAGUUUACAAAUCAUCAGUAUCAAACCUUGGAAGACCCUGUCAACCACCGCUACAAAACUCAAAGUGACAAUUCGAUUUUUUUUGAAGUGGAUGGUCCUUACAAGGCUAUGAUCCUUCCAACUUCCAAAGAAGAAGGAAAGGGUAUCAAGAAGAGGUAUGCCGUUUUCAAUCACGAUGGGUCCCUUGCAGAGCUCAAAGGCUUCGAACUCAAACGAAGAGGUGAACUACAACUAAUCAAGAACUUUCAAAGCGAUCUUUUCAAAGUUUUUUUGGAUGGAGAAUCUUUGGAGGGCUGUUAUGCAGCCGUAGCAUUGGUUGCUAACAGAUGGCUUGAUGUUUUGGAUUCUAAAGGCGUAAUGCUCGAAGACGAGGAUCUCAUAGAUCUUAUUUGCGAAAACCGUAGCAUGUCCAAAACUUUGAAGGAGUAUGCGGGACAAAAAUCUACUUCUAUUACUACAGCUAAAAGGCUCGGAGAAUUUCUUGGUGAAGAGAUGGUCAAGGAUAAGGGUUUACAGUGUAAAUACAUCAUCAGUUCCCGGCCCGUUAAUACACCGGUCACGGAACGAGCGAUACCCGUGGCUAUUUUUUCUGCAGAUUUAGGCUUGAAGAAAGUGUUCUUGAGGAGGUGGCUGGCCGACUCUUCAUUAGACAGCUUCGAUCCACGAACUAUCAUAGACUGGGAGUAUUAUCGGGAGAGAUUGGCAUCUGUGAUACAAAAAAUCAUCACAAUACCUGCAGCCUUGCAAAAAGUGAAAAACCCUGUUCCUAGGGUUGAACACCCAGACUGGCUAAGGAAAAGAAUUGCAACAAGUGAAGACAAGUUCAAGCAAACGUCGCUCAGCAGUUUUUUCAGAAAGGCCAGUAAACCUUCUGUUACCGAUAUUGAAGAAGCAUUUAGAGAGCAACCUUCGGCGCUUAUACAUCACAAGACCGCAAAGGUGAUAUCAAAGCGAAAACUGAAGAGAAAAACUACAGAUGCGAGGGAUGAAGAGGCCUCUCUAGUUCUUCCUCCUGAGGUACCGUCAAUUUGUGACGAUUACGUCGCUUGGCUAUCAUAUCAAAAGAUCAAAUGGAAAAUUCAGGAGCGUGACCGUCAGCGGAGGACGCAGCUGUUUGGUGAUCGCACGAAGAGUAAUCAAAGAACCUCCUUGGGAAAUAUUAUGAGGAAGCACGCUGAAUCCUACGCAAACUCAACGUGGGAGAUAUUGGAAUACAGGCCAACUUUAGAGCCAGGAGUACUGGAUGUUUCUGUUCUGUUAAAUGGAAAAGUUCACAAACUUCAGUUCAAUAUCCCGAAAAGCCUGUUCAUCAAUUUCAAAUGCAAGGAGCUGCCAGUUCGAGGAAUUGAAAAUUGUACUGUUGAAAAAUCCUCGGCCCUUCUACCCAAUAACAGCCUGGCGAGCUUUGAUGAUCCCAGUCCACUAUUCAAAGUAACUCUUUCUGAGGAUCUUUAUCAAGAAGAAAUUGGAAAACCAACCAGUCUCUUCAACCAUGACCAAGUCUUGGGAAUUUACGAAUCCUCUGUUUCAUCUGUUGAAAGAGCCAUCAUGGAACUUGGCUCAGUUGUGGCCUUUAACUCCAGUGUUAUUGGUGCAUUGGGGAAGGGUUUGCAAAAAGGAUUUGACUUGAAAAGCCUGCAUCCAGAAUCUUCUGAACGCUACUUAAGCAAGAUGAAUCUGAGCGCCGCCUAUUUGCUGCAUCUGACUACUAAUCUCGGCUAUGAAUUUUUUGUCCUUUUUAAAACUUGGAGUGCCGAAGCGGAGAUCUUUGUUCUUAAACCGUCUCUUAACGCUCAAGAAUUUACGAUCGCCUCGCUGCAAACAAUUUUCAAAGAUCUCCAUUCACACAAGUCGGAGAAGUUGCAACGGUUUAAUCAUGUUAUAGCAACACCUGCUGAGAUUGACAUCAAGAUCCACCCAAUGACAGAUUUGAGGAUGCUUUAUCGUAAACUGUCUUCAGUUAUAAACAAAGUUAAUGAAGAAAAGGGAUCUCAAUUAUUGGUGCUCUUUCAAUCACCCUAUUGUCAGAAACUGAGGCAUGUUAUCAAGCCACUGCGCCAAAUAGCCACUGUCGAGAUGUCUUCAGCGGAAGCUAAUUUUCCACAAUUGAAUUGGCAAGUUGCGGUCAUGAAGAGAAUAUCUAACCACAUUUUGAGCCUGGGAUCAUGGUUGCAUAACUUGAUUUCUUUAUCAAGGUAUAGUAACAUUCCAAUCUGUAACAUCAGGCUUGACAAAAUGUCAUUUGUCAUUGACAUCAUGUAUGCCAGGAAAUUAAAGAACGAGAAUAUCGUCCUUUGGUGGAAUAAUGCCAAACCGGUCCCCGAUCUAGGCGGCAAGGAGAAGGAUUUUGAUCCCCACAUGGCAUCUUUAAUGAGUAAUCUCGAUCUUUUCGUCAUCAACAGACCUUCCAUCUAUGAAACUGUCACUUUGGAAUUUGAGUUGAACAAUCUCACAAUUAACACUAUUCUGACCUCUGCUGUCAUUAACGAAGCAGAGGGAACUGACUUGAUGGAGGUAGAUUAUUUGAACACGGAUGGGGCGGUCGAUACCAUGAAGAAGGCCUUUGUGGAAGAUAGUUUUGCAGGGGCUUCCUUGUCCGUGCUGAGGAAUCUACUGAAAGGCUUUUGGGACAGCGCACUGAAAGAAGAUGAAACGGCGGAUUCUUUGGUGCAUACCUUCAUUCAUUGGGUUCAAUCCCCUGACUCGAAGCUCUUUGAUUACGCCUUGAAAUAUCAUGUUCAUAACCUCACCAAAAAGGCGAUAUUGCAGCUUAUCAAUGUUUGCAAAAACCUAGGGUCCGAAGUUGUGUAUGCUGACCGUGGCAAUCUCAUUUUGAGAACCACAAAAACCACAGUAGAGAGUUGCUAUGCAUAUAGUCAAUAUCUCAUUAAAGCCAUUAGGACAUCGCCUCUAUUUGGACUUUUGGAUUUGUCAAUUCGCAGAUAUUGGGACCUACUAUUGUGGAUUGAUCCAUAUAAUUUUGGAGGGAGAGCUUGUAUCGAUAUAAUUGAUAGCGAGCGGCAAGACCUUCGAGCGUACUCAGAUUGGCACAUCAAGAAAUUCCUGCCUAUGAUCUAUCAGCAAGAGUUCGAUGACUGGAUGAUGGUAAUUUUGGAUAGUAUGGUGAAGUCAAAAGAAGAAUAUCACGAUAGUCACAAGGAUUCGCAGCGUUUGACCCAAUUGCCUCACGAAAAUGCUGCGCAACAGAAAGGCGACGAAGAAAAUGGUGUGCUUUCGGGUUUCACCAAUCGCUUUGGUACUGCCCUAACAAUGCGCAUGGAGAAGCUUUUGAGGACUCAAAAGGAAUAUAUUCUGGAUCCUAAUUUCGCUCCCGACUAUACUCCGCCUGAACUUCCCGGAUCACAUUUGAAGAUUCGUGACCCUCUGCUAGAACUUGUCAAGUACCUAUGCCAUAUCAUGCUUCUAUCCGAGGAACAGACGCUCGAGGUUCGAGGAUUGCGGAAGAAUCUCUUGAAAAUCUUUGAAGUGCGUGAAUUUGACUGGGAGGCCGAAUUCAAGGAUCCUAGCUCCUCCCUUAAAGUCUGCAACCUGGUCUGUGAAUAUUGCGCGUUCAUCACAGAUCUAGACUUCUGUAAACAAGACAGUAAUGAUCUGCAUUUGAAAUGCCAGCAGUGCCAUAAGCCUUUCAACCCGACGCUUCUUCAAGAAUAUCUAAUCCAAACUCUCCAAAUUGAGCUCCAAGACUACUAUAUGCAAGACUUGAGAUGUACCAAGUGUAACAAGGUUAAAGAGGACUUGAUGUCUGCCCAUUGUCCAUGCUCUGGUAGCUGGAAGAACUCUAUUUCAGAUAGUUCCUUGACCAAAAAACUUGCAACAUAUGAAAAGGUUGCAAGAUUUUACAACUAUGAGUUGCUGAACUUGGCCGUCAGUGACUUGAGACCACAAGUGGCAGUCUAG